ACCAUCCUGGCUGAGGGCGGUUGGACUCGCUGAGGAGGAGAGCCUUCCCGUCCCUUUCUCCGUCUUCUUCCCCUCACAAGAGAAGAAGAGUUUGCUGCCAGGAGGAAAAAUGCCUCGCCAGGAGGAGGAGGAGGAGGAAGGCGGGGAGAAGCGCCUUCGCCGGCUCUCGGCGCCCUUCGCCUUCCUUCUCCUCCUUGCCCUCGGAUCCCGGGCUUUUGCUCUAAAUGAUGCUAGUGGAGAUGUAAAGGAGGAGACUACGCUGCUGUCACAGGCGGCUGAAAUAAGUGGAAACUCGAAUCAAAUAAGCAGAGUUGCAGAACUAAAAGAAAUUAUAUUUGUCAUCCAAAGUCAGAGGAAUUCUUUUCAUUUGAAAAAAGCAGAGGAGUUAAAGCAAAAUAUUUUGAAACAGGUUGCAUCUCUUGGAAAGGAGUUGCCCACAGUUCUGCUUAUUCAUCAGAUGGACAAUGAGGGUGCAUGGACAAUUCUUCCCUUAAUGCACGAGUUUUCUGUUACAUACAGCAGAAACUCCUCAUGGGUUUUUUUCUGUGAAGAAGAUACAAGAAUACACAUUGUAAAACUAUUGAAAACACUUAGAAGAUAUGACAAGUCUAAGGAAUUAUUUUUAGGUAAAGCACUACAUGAUGAUGAAUCUACCAUAAUUCACCACUAUGCCUUUGCAGAAAAUCCUACUGUUUUUAAAUUUCCAGACUUUGCUGCUGGUUGGGCAUUAAGUAUUCCACUUGUAAAAAAGCUCGCAAAGAGACUGAAAAAUGAACCUUUAAAAUCAGAUUUCACAAUAGAUUUAAAAUAUGAGAUUGCACUAUAUAUCUGGGAAAAAGGGAAUGGGCCACAUCUCACCUCAGUGCCUGAGCUUUGUACAGAAGACUUGAACGCUCCUAAUACUGCUCACUGUGCCACUACAUUCACAAAUUUCCUUCCAUUUUGUGGAGAUCCUGUGAAGAACAUGGAUAUCUUUGUUGCUGUAAAAACAUGCAGGAAAUUCCAUGGAGACAGAAUACCCAUUGUAAAACAGACUUGGGAAGCAGAGGCCACUUUUAUUGAAUAUUACAGUGAUUUUGCAGAAAGUUCAAUACCCACUGUUGAUUUAGGAGUGCCAAAUACUGAAAGAGGUCAUUGUGGGAAAACCUUUGCCAUUUUGGAAAGAUUUUUAAAUCGUAGCCCUGCUACAAUGCCUUGGUUAGUCAUUGUGGAUGAUGACACUUUAAUAAGCAUCUCUAGGCUUCAGAAAUUACUCAGUUGUUAUGAUCCAAGUGAGCCAGUGAUUCUUGGAGAACGUUAUGGCUAUGGCUUGGGGUCAGGAGGCUACAGUUACAUCACUGGCGGAGGAGGGAUGGUGUUCAGCAGAGAAGCAAUCCGAAGAUUAUUUGCUAGCAAAUGCCGGUGUUACAGCAAUGAUGCCCCUGAUGAUAUGGUCAUUGGAAUGUGUUUCAGUGGUUUAGGAAUUCCUGUAACACACAGCCCUCUCUUCCAUCAGGCUCGGCCAAUGGAUUACCCAAAGGACUAUCUUUCCCAUCAAGUUCCAAUAUCAUUUCACAAACACUGGAACGUUGAUCCAGUGAAAGUAUAUUUCCAAUGGCUGGCACCAAAAGUGAGAGAUUUGCAAGAUAGUAAUCAACACCUUAGGGAAGAGUUAUAAUCUGUAAAUACUUUAAUAUUUAAAUAUUGUAUAGGCAUAAUGCAUAUUAGAUCAUCUACUGAAUUUGUUGUUGUAUUUAUAAUUGUUUGUCACAGAUAUUGUACAGAACUGUAAAGUCAUGUUCCAGUAUCACUCUUGAUAUACUAUCCUGUUUUCUUUCUUUGGCGCACCAGUGUCAUGUGUUGCAUAAUAAGGAAGAACUGGAAGGAGAUGUGGGAAGUAUCUGUUUUGUUCCUUAUAACACUCUUAUCACUCUGCAUGCUGAGGUCAUCUACCAAUUGGGGGAGUUAGGAGAAGAUUUAUAUUGAUCCCUAUGGGACUCAACACACACAGGCAUUAUGUCCACAGCGGUACUGGAUAAUGGCCUAAAUGUCCCCAUCCAGAAUGCAUAUACAUAUAUGUAUAUAUUUUGUUUGUUAGACUCUAGGGCUUAUAGAAUUUGGCUUUAGAACUGUGUAAACAUCUGACAUCUGUUGAACAUUAAGAUUUUUUAAAAAACAAAAAUAAGACAUCAGCAACCUGUCUGUCUUUGCCUUCUCUUUGGCAGCCUUACUGUUCCUCCCUUCUUUUAUUAUUUGUGGCAUAUGCUGACCUCCUUUGGAUUGCUAAGGAUUUUUUAGUUCUUUAUACAGUAUGUAGGUAUCUGAUCUGGAAAGAGAAGGUAGCUUACUAUUACUGUGUAUGAAUUAUUAUAGAGAACAUGUUGGUUGUCAUUGUCUUCUCUCUUGCACACUUCCACUUCUGUGCAUAUAUAAUUUAGAGAUAAUUGAAAAUGUAAGGGCUUGGCCACGAGAUGUCACUGACUACUGAUACUCAAAAUACCUGGUUAAAAAAGCAUUCU